AUGAAGCUGUCUAGGAUAACAUUUGCCACUCUCGGCUUUGCGUCCUGUUGUUUGGCGGCGGAUCAAGAUGUUCUCACCAUCUUGAAACAGCAAACUGGUAUUUCCACCUUUAUUGGGCUCUUAGAGCAGUUUACAGAUCUGGUCAAUACUUUGAACCAGGGGACCUUCAGUGGUUUGACAAACAAUGUCCUGUUGCUUGCGACCCAGACUAAGUUCCUCGCAGUCCUCAUUCCAAAUGACCAAGCGCUGGCUACCCUCGGCAAUGAGAAUCCAGAUUUGACCAACGAUACCGACGCGGUCCGGGCACUGCUGGAAUACCAUAUCGCCCAUGGAACACAUCCAUCUGCCUCUUUUGGCCUACAGCCGCUGUUUGCGCCAACCCUCCUGACCAAUUCCAAUUAUACCAAUGUCACAGGCGGGCAAGUAGUGGAAUUAACGGCAUUGAACAAUCUGCCCACUGUCGUGAGCGGGGUGAAGGCAGAGUCUCAUGUGGUUGAGGCUGACAUUUUCUACCUGGGAGGUCUCAUUCACAUUAUAGACACAGUGCUCACGAUCCCCAUUUCGUUUCCAGCAACCGUCACCAAGGCCGGGUUGACGGAUCUUGUGGCAUUGAUGAGUAUAGGAGGCUUCCUCAGUCCCAGUUCUCCAACAAUCGUGAAUUCGCUUUCGGAUCUCACCAUCUUCGCGCCCAACUCAUCUAAAUUCUCGGCCGGGUUUACAGGAUGGGACGGUCUCUCGGAAACUGAUCUCCUGUCCAUCUUAGAGUACAGCAUCUCUCAGGGAACGGUCUAUUACUCGUCGGAGUUCAAGAACAACACCAAGAUUCCGACGCUGGACGGAAUAUCUGCGACUAUGACCGAGGCUGACGGCCAGUUCUACGUUGACACGUCUCUCAUUAAGACGCGAGACUAUCUCACUUCUAACGGUGUGUUGCAGAUACUUGACAGGUGA